AUGUACCGAUCACAAAUCCGACGUGCUCUGCGGUGGCAAUGGCCUACACUUCGGCAAGGCCCAUAUCGGACGGGGAUGCCUCGUGGUCGCGCGGCAUUCUCCACCUCAGGGCGGCGGGACAUUAUGGGGAUGACUGGCUUUACCGACGAGCAGCUCACAGUCCGUGAAGCGAUCUCGAAUAUUUGUUCCAAAUUUCCAAAUACAUAUUGGCAGGAGCGUGAUCAACAAGAAAAAGAUCCAAAGGAAUUCCAUGCUGCAUUGGCGAAAGAUGGAUGGCUUGGCAUUGCUUUGCCCGAAUCCCUUGGAGGCGCUGGUCUAGGUAUCUCUGAGGCAACAAUAAUGAUGCAGACGAUUACACAAUCAGGCGCAGGUAUGGCCGGUGCUCAGGCUAUUCAUGCCAACGUCUAUGCGACACAGCCGUUGGCCAAGUUUGGCACCAAGCAACAGCUAGAGACUACCAUUCCAAAUAUUAUCAACGGAACAUGGCGCACAUGCUUUGGUGUUACCGAGCCAAAUACUGGCCUCGAAACUCUCAAGCUCACGACCUUGGCUAGCAAAACGGGUGACGGAUAUUCGGUCACCGGUCAGAAGAUCUGGAUUACCUGUGCACAAGUGGCAUCGAAGAUGAUCCUCCUCGCCCGAACCACGCCUCUUGAGGAGGUCAAAAAGACCAGCGAGGGUCUCUCCUUGUUUUGUAUUGAUAUUGACCGUGAAAACCCUGGUUUGGACCUGCGCAAGAUCAAGAAGAUGGGUGGACGUGCUGUGGACGCCAACGAGGUCUUCUUUGAUAAUUAUAAGAUCCCUGCAGACACAUUAAUUGGCGAGGAGAACCAAGGCUUUAAGAUUAUCCUCCACGGCAUGAACGCAGAGCGAUGCCUUCUAGCCGGUGAGGCACUUGGUCUUGGCUAUGCCGCUCUGGAAAAGGCCUCACAGUACGCUAAGGACAGAGUUGUUUUUGGGCGGCCAAUUGGUCAGAACCAGGGUGUGGCGCAUCCGUUGGCUGAUGCGUUCAUGAAACUGGAGGCGGCGAAGCUGGCUACCUACCACGCAGCACGUCUCUAUGAUACCAACGAUGGAUCUGUGCCUUUCCAUGAAAUCGGUGUCGCGUGCAACAGUGGGAAGUAUCUGGCUGCAGAGGCUGCUUUCAUGGCGUGUGAGAGGGCAGUUCUGGCGCAUGGUGGUAUGGGGUAUGCGGUCGAGUACGAUGUCGAACGAUAUAUGCGCGAAUGUUUCGUACCUCGCAUUGCACCCGUGAGUCGGGAGAUGAUCUUGAAUUUUGUGGGCGAGAAGGUCCUUGAUUUACCUAGAAGCUACUAA